UCCUCGAAAAGCUCGAUCGAAGAGUUGUUAGUUGUUGUUACGUCUGUUGUUGCUGGUGGCGGCAUUCCGUCCCCGGCACGUUUGUGACGCUUGUUUGCGAUGUUCGAUUGAUUCGUGGGCCUGUGUCUGCCUGUGUUUUGUUGUGGCCCCGUCAGCCGGAACCCCGUUUCGCGCUGUGAAAAGUGAAAAGAAGAGAUUUGUUAAACACGGCACACAACAGAGCGGGCAAACGAACCAGAAAACGUGGAGAUCUUUUGUUACCGAUAUUCGCGUGUGUCUAUGUGGGUGUGCGUUGAUCGCGUAAUCAAUCUACGCGGAAAGUGAUUUAGUGAGUUCUUUGAGAACGACGAGAGCCCCAUAAAGGGCUGUCCACCAGAGGCUCGAAGCGAGCCUGCGCGUUGCUCUGUAGUCGUUUGGUCCGAGUGUAUGUAGAAUGUUAUCUUGUUCUGACUGCCAAGCCUCCGGAUCGUCACGAUCGUAGCGGCGUCAUCGUAGCAGGACCGGUGGCUAGAGAGCGAGACAGACCGACCGGACAGUGAUCGGUCGACGUAAAUGUUGACGCAAGUUCCCGGACACAGUUGGGACCCAGCAGACCAAUAAGACGUGGGUCCGGGACCGGACGGAGAGGUACCAGAAAUGGUUGACUACUACAAUACGCGAUCGAGCACGGUGAUCCCGUCGUCGGGGGUCGGUCCAACCGCCGCCCAACUUCGGACGACCACCGCCAAGAGUCGAUCGCAGCGUGACAAAUCGACUCUCCACAAGACUCUGGCCGAUGGAGGCGUUGGAUCGGGUGGCUCCGGUGGUGGUGUGACCGGGAGCCAGCAGCCCCGGAUACGAAUUGUGCGGCUGGUCCGACCACACCAGAGCACCACCGCCACCCACCACCGGUCGACGGGUGGCGGAGGCGGCGGUGGCAACUUUGGGUUCUCGAUCCGGGGCGGGCUCGAGUACGGGACCGGGUUCUUUGUGUCCGCCAUCGAGCGCGACUCGGAAGCGGACCGGCAGGGUCUCAAGGUGGGCGAUCAAAUAGUACGCGUCAACGGGUACCAAGUGGAGGACGCCGUCCACCGGGAGCUGGCCUCGUUCAUCGCCAACCAGGAGCGGCUGAUCAUGAAAGUGCGGGCCCUUGGCAUACUGCCGAUCAAGGAGCGCUCCGUCGAUCCACUCACCUGGCAUUUGGUCUCGUCGGCCCGCGACACAGAGGACACGCUGCUGCUGCUGGAGGACGGUCCGUGCUGUGGGCGCGACCUGAAAGUGAUCCUGUCCGUGGCGCCGCGCACCAAACUGGGCUGCGGGAUCUGCAAGGGUCCGGACUGGAAGCCGGGUAUCUUCGUGCAGUUCACGAAGGAGGGUGGCGUGGCACGGGAAGCCGGCCUGCGGCCCGGUGAUCAGAUUCUGUCCUGCAACGGACACAGCUUCGCCGAGGCCUCGUUCUCGGAGGCGGUCAGCGUGAUGAAGUCGUCGCACGUGCUCGAGCUGAUCGUGCGCCCGAGCGCCGGGCUCGACCUGUUCCCGGGCGAAUCGAGCGGAUACAACAGCUCCGCCAGCAGUGUCAACGGUGACCAGAGCCCGUGCUGGGGCGACCAAACGUCCAAGCGGCUAAGUAUAGUGCGCGAGGAGUCCAUUUCACACGAGCGCCGCCGUACGGCGGCCAUCGGCGAGCUGAAGCCGACGGUCGAACGGCCCUCCACUGGCUCGGUAUCUACUCCCACUCCACCUCCACAGACCUCACCUCCUGCUCAGACGGUGGCUACCAGCGGCGGUGGGGGUCACCGGCGGAAGAAUACCACCAUCAUCGAGUUCUCGGAGCGGGGCACGAUCGUGAACCCGGACGCGAAACAGAGUGAAACGAAAACGAUCAUUGUCGAGGUGCACCGGAGCGCAUCGACCGGCUCGAUCGGUGGCGCGGGAUCGAACACACUCAUUCCCCCGCCACCACCCCCGUUCGCGGACAGUGUCGCUCCGCCACCACCGCCCCCGCAGGGACUGGUCCUGGCCGAACCGACCGCUGCCGAUCAACCUGGAACCGCGAAGGAGCCGGCGGAGUCAGCGGCGCCGGCUAACAGUCUGUGCAGUGCGAUAUCGGACGAACUGCGCCGGCGGGCGGAGAAGAAAAGUGCCUCUGCGGUGGGCGGUGGUGCGCCCGAUGGGGCCAUGGCCUCCGCCCUAGCCGGCCCGGCGGCUGCCCUCACGGAGCUGGAGAAUCGCCUAAAGGAGAAGAACUGUCGUCUCCGCCCGGUCACGAUGGCCAUUUCGGACGAGCGACAUACGGCGCUGAUGGACGAGUUCCGGGCCGUGCACAAGCGAAUGUUCAAGAAUGGGUUCGACAAUGCGGAACUGAAGAGACAACCUGUCAAAGGGGAUAAGGGGCAGCCGAGUGCUGGUCUAUUGGGUGCAGCGGCCCCGGCCGAGGCGGCCCUCAGCGGGACGCGAAAGUCAGCGAAGGGCACGAUGGGCCGGGUGGCGGCCUCGGAGAUGGCCAAAGCGAGCGGUGAUAGUGCCGAGCUGGAGUCGCUCGAAUCGUUCAAGCUGACCAAUCCCCAGGCACCACCAGCUCGGCCACCGUCGUACUACUUCUGCCCGCAGGCCACCGGUCCGGCGACGAUGAAAAAGUCCCAAAAACCGAUCGCCGUCACCAUCAGCGAGUACGCCAGCAGCAGUGCAUCGCGCGGCGCUCCGGAUGAGCCGGUGGCGGUCCGGAAGCCGGCUCGCUUCGUUCAGCUACGGCCGGUGACGGCGGAUGGUGCAACUUCCGGCAUCAACAACGAGGCCGCCCGAUCGGAACUGCGAGGAUCGAAAGCUUGACACGAUCACCGUCGGGACGGGAGAAGUUGCAGAGUGGCACGCGACCA